AUGGAGGACAGGGCGCGGUAUCGGAUCAAGAAGCGACUGGACGAGCUUUUGCACGAAGCGGUUCCCUACGGCGAUCUCAAGCAGCUGUUGCACAGCAGCUUUAUUUCCAAUAAGCCAUACACUCUUGAACGAGCGACAGACCGAUAUCUAGCCCAGUUCGAGAGAUCAUCUGAUCGUCCAGAUCUGCCGGGUGCAGAUAUCUCAAUGACGAGCCACGAGUACUACAAUGCGCGCAAACAGAGGUACGAGGCGAAGCUGAAUAACUCCCAGACCAUCGACCCGCUCUCGUCGCCAGGAUACCUGAAAUUCUUCAAGGAACUGCGAAGGGACCACAUUGGCAUUUCGCGGCUGCAAAAGGCGUACUUCGCACUGCCCCAGCCGGCUCCGUUGUACAUGCAGACGCAGGAUCUGGAGUAUCUCAUACGGUAUCUGUGCGGCUGUCCCCAUGCUUUGCGCAAAGACGCUUUUGGAGUGCACUUUUUGCACGACAUGCACAAAUCGGGACUGAAGCUGGGUCUCGGCGAGUUUUUCAAGCUGCUCAAUGCUCUGAAAGGCAUAGUGACGCUGGACUCCGUGUACACGAUGUACAAACAGCAGUGUGGCGUGUCUCCAUCGGAUACUGAGGGACCUCGUGAAUCACAAUGUUGUGCCCAACAUGUAUCUGAUGCAGCAGCUGCUAAAAAUGGGUCGCAGAGCGCCCGACUCGCUGUUCCUGCUGGAGAUAACGGAGCUGGCUUUGCACAGCCGUGUGGUGCACAGACACACCGUACGCACGAUAGCGUACUGCCUGGAGCAGAAGCAGGAGGAGGAUCUGGCUGCCGACUUUUUUCAGGCGUACAGACUGCUGAACGACCGGUUCGACACAGAUUUGGACCCAAGCGUGCAGUUCCAGCGCGGCCGGGUGCUGGAGCAUCUUCUGGAGCAGACAGCAGGGAGCUGGUGCGAGGUUGUGUACUAGGCAGCGCGUGGUAG